AUGGAGAACAGCUCAGAUGAAGAAUCUGGCAUCAGUGAUUCUGAGAUUGAGGAGUACGCUGAGAAACCAUACCAAGCCUUGAGAACCGGGAAUUACAAAGUAUGGAGCUUGAAAGGUAACCUUAGGUGUCCGUUUUGUGCUGGAAAAAAGAAGCAAGAAUAUGCCCUCAAAGACCUACACCAGCAUGCCUCAGGUGUUGCUAAAGGUGCUUCCCACCGGAGUGCCAAACAGAAGGCCACCCAUCUUGCAUUGGCAAAGUUUUUGGAAGUAGACCUAGGCUUUAAACCAAUUCAAACUAGCCAACCAGCUGAGGCUGAACCACAACCUAAUGAGUCAAAGGAAAAGGAGAUUUUCUGCUGGCCAUGGAUGGGCAUUGUCGUCAACAUUCUGGAAGAUGCAAAGACUGCGAAGCAAUUGGCUGAUAGUGGCUCUUUGGUGAAAUUCUUUUCGAAGUACAGGCCCUUGGGAGUUGAAGUUUUUAACAAUGAACAAGAACAAACUGCAAAUGCGGUUGUGCAGUUUGAGAAAGACAUGACUGGCUACAAGAAUUUGCUGAAUUUUGAGAAGUCCUUUCAAGUUGUUUGUCAUAGCAAGGAGGAGUGGAUUGCCAACAAAGGAAGUCUUGGUUCUAAUAUCUAUGGAUGGGUUGCUUGUGCAGAUGAUUACCAUUCAGAGGGGAAGAUAGGAGAAUAUCUUCGCAAGAACACAGAGCUCAAGGCACUUUCAGAUAUUUUUCAACAGGGUAAACAGGCUUGUGAAACAAUUGUCAACUUGGCCAACGAGAUUGAUUUGCAAAAUCAGAAUAUGGUUGAAAUGGAAUCCAUGGUCAACGAGAAAGCUAUGUCCUUGAGUCGGAUGGUUGAAGAAAAAGAAGAGCUGCAGCAAAUAUUUUAUGCAGAAAUCCAGAAGAUGCAGCAAAUGGCUAGAGAUCAUGUUGGAAAGAUAUUACAAGAGCGUGAGAAGAUGAUGCACGAAUUGGAUGCUAAGAGAAAAGAACUUGAUCGGCGUACCAGGGAGUUAAGCAAGUGUGAGGUCAUAACUGUGCGUGAAAGGCAGAAACUUGAGAAGGAGAAGCAGCAGAAUGAUGAAAGAAACAAGUCAUUAUACAUGGCUUCCAUGGAGCAGCAGAAAGCAGAUGAAAAUGUAUUGAGGCUUGUUGAAAAACAAAAGAGGGAGCAAGAAGAGGCCUUGAAGAAGAUUCUUCAGCUAGAAAAGGAGCUGGAUGCUAAGCAGAAGUUGCAGUUGGAGAUCGAGGAGCUUAAAGGAAAGCUAGAAAUCACAAAGCAUCUGGGAAAUGAUGAUGAUGCUGCAGUCCAGAAGAAGUUGAAGAUGUUGACUGAAGAGCUGAACGAAAAGAUUGAAAAAAUGAACAGUUUGGAAGAUCUGAAUCAAGUUCUUAUGGUUAAACAACGGCAGAGCAAUGAUGAACUACAGCCAGCUCGGAAAGAAUUAAUCACAGGUUUGUCGGGCAUUCUGCAAAGUAAUCGUACUAACAUUGGGGUUAAAAGAAUGGGGGAAAUUAACCCGAAGGCCUUUGAAACGGAGUGCAAGGAGAGAUUUACGGGAGAUGAGGUCCAAAUAAAGGCAAGUGAGGAAAGCACGUUGUGGCAGGAAAAAUUGACAGAUCCAGCAUGGCAUCCAUUCAAAAUUACUGAGAUUGAUGGAAAGACUAAGGAAGUAAUUGAUGAGCAAGAUGAGAAUCUGAAAAGGCUCAAGGAGAAGUGGGGUGCUGAAGUCUAUGAAACAGUUGCAGCUGCCCUACUUGAGAUCAAUGAAUACAAUCCGAGCGGAAGAUAUCCAGUCAAUGAGCUCUGGAACUUUAAGGAAGGUCGAAAGGCUACUGUAAAGGAAGUUGUAAGUUAUGUCUUUAAGAACCUGAGGGCUAAGCGCAAGAGGUGAAGUUGCUAUCUGGAAUGAGUCUUGAGUGAAGCAACCUGAUUGAAGACGAACAGGAUUUGGAGACAAUAUUUGAGACUUUUGAGGAUCUGAACAUUAGAAUGUGUAUAUACUCUUUUGAGCUGGUGGUUUUUUGGAUGUAUAUAUAUGAACAGAUGGAUAGGUUUUUUUGAAGCCUUGGUGGCAAGUAAUAACUAUAGUAAAGUCGUAAUUUGGUAUUAUAACUUAGUCCGUCUUAAUCAACUUUUAGUGGUUUUGGGAGAGAUUGUAAGCACUUCAUUUUGUUAAAAGAAUGGCAUUUGAACUAUUUAAGACUAAAUCAUGAAUUAUUUUUAACUGAUCUUUCUGUAACUUUUUUAUUGUCUCGUAACUCUACGAAUGUGAA